AUGGAGAUAGCCUUGGUGAGUUUUGAGAACGGUGGCUCAAAGGGAAGCGGCGGAGGGGGCAAUAAUGCCGAGGACAGCUGCCGGAACGCGCUGGAUGUCCCUCAAGCGGGUUUCGCGCAGACUCGACUCGGGGAGGACUACAGUAAGGAGCUAAAUACUCGCCACCACUAUCAGCCCAGCACCUGGAAAAUAAACGACAUGAACAACACACUCAGCUGCAGCGAGAACGCCAUGGAAGCACUUUUACGCGCGGACCACAGUCCACAUCUGUUCGAUGAGGACAUGUUGGACAUGGACAUGGACGCAGAAAGCAACGAGAGGGUUCUCAUCAACAUAGCAGGACUCCGCUACGAGACUCAGCUCGGCACACUUAACCAGUUUCCCGACACUUUGUUGGGUGACCCUGCCAAGCGGAUUAAAUAUUUUGACCCGCUCAGGAACGAGUACUUCUUUGACCGCAACAGACCUAGCUUUGAUGGAAUCUUAUAUUUUUAUCAGUCAGGUGGAAAGAUUCGUAGACCUGUCAAUGUGUCCAUUGACGUCUUCGCAGAUGAGAUCAGGUUUUAUCAAUUAGGAGAGGAGGCCAUGGAGAGGUUCCGGGAGGAUGAAGGAUUUAUCAAAGAAGAGGAAAAGCCACUUCCCCAAAACGAAUUCCAGAAGCAAGUCUGGCUCAUAUUUGAGUACCCUGAGAGUUCCAGUCCAGCACGGGGCAUUGCCAUCGUGUCUGUCAUUGUUAUUACCAUAUCUAUUAUUACCUUCUGCCUGGAGACGCUGCCUGAGUUUAGGGACGAACGAGAAUUACCGGUAACAAGCCGCAUGGACAACAGCACUGCACCGCGACCCUCUCUCACCUUCACAGACCCUUUCUUCAUUAUAGAAACGACAUGCGUUAUCUGGUUCACUUUUGAACUUUUUGUGCGCUUCUUUGCCUGCCCAAGUAAGUCUGAAUUUUCGAAGACAGUUAUGAACAUAAUCGACAUUAUGUCCAUCAUGCCUUAUUUUAUCACUGUGGGCACUGAGCUGAUGGAGCAGCAAGAUGAGGAGCAUCAAAACGGACAACAGGCCAUGUCACUAGCCAUCCUCAGGGUUAUCCGUUUAGUCCGGGUUUUCAGGAUCUUUAAACUUUCCAGACACUCCAAGGGGCUGCAAAUCCUGGGCCAGACUUUAAAGGCCAGCAUGCGCGAGCUCGGCCUGCUGAUCUUCUUCCUCUUCAUUGGUGUCAUCCUCUUCUCCAGUGCCGUGUUUUUUGCAGAAGCGGAUGAGCCAGAGUCCCACUUCUCCAGCAUCCCGGACGCCUUCUGGUGGGCCGUGGUCACGAUGACAACUGUGGGGUAUGGGGACAUGCGCCCCGUCACAGUCGGGGGUAAAAUUGUGGGGUCAUUGUGCGCCAUCGCCGGUGUGCUCACUAUUGCACUGCCGGUGCCUGUCAUCGUGUCCAACUUCAACUACUUUUACCACCGAGAGACGGACCAGGACCAGUCCUCGCUCAAGGACGAGCCCAACAGUGGAAGGAACAGCCCAGAACUCAAGCGCAAAGGCAGUAAAACCUCCAACAAGUCUCAGGAUGUGGAGAACAAUGACGCACCCGCGUCAGUGGAAAAAGCGAACAUCAAAGCGAAUAGCAGUAUGGAUUUCAAACGUUCCCUUUACGCGUUUUGUUUGGAUACACGGGAAACGGACCUGUAG